AUGAGUGCCAGUGUGACCGUGGGCCCAAGCUCCGCCGCUGCCUCUGCCCAGGGCGUCCGCGAGCCGCCCUGUUUCACCAUCAAUGCCUGCAACCGAUGCCGCCGCCGCAAAGCAAAAUGCGAUCCUGGCCUGCCCUCGUGUGGCCCCUGCCGCCGCACUGGCGCCGUCUGUGAAUACACCGACCCGCGGUCCAAGACGGCCACGCCGCGCGCCGUUAUUCUCCAGCUCGAGGACGAGCUAGCCCGCCUGGAGGCCGACCUGCGCGCUCAGUCCUUGUCGGAAGGGUGUCCGUCGUCACAUGGCCCGGUGCCUCCGCCCGGCGGUAGUAGCAGCGGCAGCGGCAGCAGCAAUGGUCCCGACUUGAUCCGACUCGAACCCGGUGAGGAUGCACAUUUCCUGGGCGUGUCGAGUGGCAUGCACCUGGCACGGUCGGUCCUGGAGUCGGCGCAGCGAAACGAUGCGAGCUUCCAGCCGGGACGGCGCAGUGGGAGUGGGAGUGGGAGUGGCGGUGACAAGGAUGGCAGCAGUGGCACCAACACGACCGCCAACAGCGGCCAGAACAGCGGCCAGAACAGCGGCCAGAACAGCGGCCAGUCCAACUCGGCCGCGUCCACGCAGCCAGGGUCGCCGAGGGACGAGACCACCGAAGGAACUGCACAAUCAACAGAACCAACAGAAUCAACAGCAUCAACAGCAACAGAACCCCCGGAACCUUCACACGCCUCCCACCCGACUAGGCCCGUCUUACCUUCCCGCGAGACGGCCGUCAGCCUCGUCGACAUCUUCCUGAGCCAAUACGAGGUCCAGUACCCCAUCGUCACGGGCGACGACAUGGCCCAGAUCGUCAUGGACUACUACGGCGGCGACAGCGCUUCCGGGGCCGAGGACGUGCUGGACCAUGCGUCCGUUGACCGCGAGACGAACGCCUGGAACCAGUUCAUCCUCAACAUGGUCUUUGCCAUUGCCCUCGUCGUCCUCUCGCGCGAGAGUCCCGAGUCGCUCGCCCUUGCCAAAAGCUUCAGCAACGCCGCCAUGGCCGACUUUAGCACCAUCAUGCAGCGCAAAAGCGUCCGCACCCUGCAGUGCCUCCUGUUUUUGCUUCUGUGGUCCGUCCUGGACUCGUCGUCGGCGCCCAUCUGGUACAUUUCCGGUCUAUGCAUGCGCAUGUGCGUCGACCUGGGCUUCCACUCCGAGACCACCAUCGACGUCGGGCCGACUGGCACCCCAUCCCUCUCAUCUCCCCCGUCCCCGUCCGAAAUGGACGUCAAGCGCCGCCUGUUCUGGGUCACCUACACCUUUGACCGCACCCUCGGCACGCUGCUCGGCCGCCCAUUCACGCUGACCGACAGCAUGAUUGACGUGAAGCUUCCCCAGCAUGCCCCGUCAGGCCCCAAACGCGACAAAAGCGACAAAAGCGACAAAAGCGACAAACGCGACCAGGUCCUGCACUGGUUUCGCCUCCAGCAGCUCCAGAGCCAGAUUGUCUGCCGCCUCUACAGUCUGCGUAGCGGCGACAGCAAGACGGACAGAGACGACGGCCUCUCUGACGACACGGCCCGCUGGAAGGCCGACAUGGCCGCGCAGCUGCGCCAAUGGGGCAGCCAGGCCACCAGCCUCGCCGACCCCCAGGGCCACACGCUCGACUGGUGGGAGUACUGGCACCAGAACGCCCUCCUGCUGCUGCACCGCCCGUCGCCCCUCAAGCCGCAGCUUGACGCCGCGGAGGCCGACACCUGUUGUACCGCCGCCCAGCACAUGAUCCAGCUCUCCUUUACGCGCCUCCAGCGCGGCAGUGCCGACUUCGCCUGGGUCGACCUGCACUACCAGCUCAUGAGCGGCAUCACUCUCCUGUUUCUGGUCUGGAAGCACGCCGCCACGCGCGCCAAGGCCAAGGCCGGCUGGACCUCGUUCAAAAACUGCCUGAUGCAAUGGACCUACGUGCUCGACCAGCUCGCCCGCCAGUGGGACCGCAUCUCGCGCGCCCGCGACGUCCUCACCCGCCUCGUCGACACCACGAUUGACAUUGUUGAGAAGGAGCUGUGCAACAAGCUGUCGGCCAGUGACGUUCGCGUCCUGCGACGCCAGGCGCACGCCUCACGCAUGAGCCGCAACAAGACCAUUAUCCGCCAGCUCGGGUCGCCCGGGACGGUCCCGACAGGCUCAUCGUCUUCGUCCAAAUCACCAGCUGAACCUGAACACAGUGCACAACAACAGCAACGGCAUCGUACACGGUCCACGAGGCGGCAGUCCUCACAGCGUGCCCAAGAGCACUGUCAACAACCGGACGCCCAGCCGGCAGACAUGCGACAUCAACAGCCGCAACAGACGCGACACUCUGAGCAGCAACAACCCCUCCAACAUCCGCAACACCAACACGCACAGCAACAGCAACAACCUCCGCAUCACGUACCAUUGCAGAUCCCACCUCCCCAACCGCAAUCCCACGCUCAACAUCCCAUCCAUACCGGCGGUCCAUCGCCACCCCAGCAGGAGUUGUCCUACGAGCGCUCCACUUCUUACGGAACCCCAUCCAGCGACACGGCCGUCAACACAUCCCAGUCCGUCGGCAGCGCCUUUCUCAACCACGCCGACAGCAACAACAAUGGCAACAACAUGUACACCAUGCAAGUCUCUCCCUCCCACAGCGGCCAGCCCAUCUCGCCCCAAUGGAUCUCACCAGCGACCGAUCCUGCUGCCAAUCAUGCUCUUCCCCAUUCGCAUGGCCACCACCCACUGCCUCUUGUCGCGCCCUUUCAUAACGCCGGCGACCUUGUUCCAGCACACAGCCAGUCGCAUACCGACCCCGUCGUCCAGCUCCUCGACCAGCAGGCGUGGCACGGCCUCGAGCUCUACGAAAGCUUUGGCGCCCUCCCGGAUAACAGCAUAACCAUGCUCGACUACUUUUCCGCGACGCCCCUGGGCAUGGAAGAUGGUUCACUCGGGGGUGUCCCGCUCGGCCGCAUGGACAUGGAGAGCACACUACAACAUGCACACGUACCGGACGGCGCCCACCAUCCACCUGCAAGCCACGACAUGGUCGGCGUCUGGCCGAACUCGCUGACCAACAGCAUCCUCAACUUCCAGCCCACCUUUCACGAUCUAGGCGAUUUCGGGAGUUGA